CAGCUUGGUCGCGGCUUCCUGGCACCUAGCUCAGAGGUGGUGGUGGUGGUGGUGGUCGCAUCAGCGCAGACUACCACACUGCCUGGCCCGACCUGGCCGCAGGAGGAGGCCAGAAAUGCCCGCAUGGCUCGCAUGGCUCGCAUGGUUCGCAGCACUCUCUCCACCACCACCACCCCAAUCCGGAAGGCCCAUCGCCAGUAACGGGCGGGGACAUUGCGGCCAAGGCCCGAUACAAGAGCCCCUCGGGUCGCCCCUCGCGGCCCCCAAUUGGUGAUGGGUGUGACGAUGUGUACGAGCCCGGCGAGAGACCCCCCCACCUGGCCCUGGCCCUGGCACUACGCACCCGCCCUUGGCCCCCAAUAAACGACUGCCCAUUCUUCCCCAUCUGCCCCAGCCCAGCACAAGCACAGCACAUGCGCGCGACCAGAUGCUGCCAUCACACCUCCUGGCACAACUCUGAAGUGGGAACCUCCGGCCGCUUGCUUGCCGUCACCUCACUUCCCCCUUCGCCCCCCGUUUUUCGUCUUCCCUUUGCAGCUCAUUAGCGCCUGCGAGCUGAUCCCAGCUUUCCGGGAGAUCGUCGUGGCUGUUGGCGUCCAACAAACCACACCCACCCACCCCCCGAACCCUCGUCCCCUCCUCCAUGGCUGUAUAUAUCCCGGCUUGAGCCUCUCCGCGGGCUCCACGCCGUCUGCCCGUGUAUAUUGCGUCAAGACUCCUCCUUGUGUCCCCCCCGAACGAUUACCCUGUGCCACCCCCGACCGGCAUCAGGGACGCCUCGCAAGCCCUGCGUUACUUGACGGUAGUCGGUGUCGGCUUUUUCUGCCCUGCCGUCGCACACAAGACGCAAGUGGCGGGUACGUACAGAGACAUACAUAGAGUGCGUGCGUCUGUGUGAGGGACCCCGCCAUCCGCGGUUCGAACUGCGAGCGACUCGACCGACCUUCUCGGCUCCCUGCCUCUCACGACACAACACCGGGCCAGCAGCACAGCGACCACAGGCAGCAGUCAGUGUUGGGCCAGAAAAGCGGCCGUGUCUGUCUGCGCGCGCGACACAGCCAACCAGCGAGCGCAUAACCAUUCAGGCCCAGGUGACUGGCCGGACGGCAACCUGCGAUUCCAAUCCACGACGCACCACAUUCACCAUGCAUUUGUCACGAUCGGGGCUUGUCAUCGUCACGGCCCUGGCCUCGUCGGCCGGUGCGCUGAGGACGGCGCCGGGGUCACCUUGCUCCAAGGAUUGCGGAAACGUGCUCUCGGCCACCACGCCCGACGACAUGGAGUGCUUCGACGACCCUUCGAAAUACUCGUCCACGGCCGCCGGCACCGUCCUGAAGAACUGCAUCGAAUGCCAGAUGGCGAGCCCGUACAUCAGCGAUGAUGGCCAGUCCGACCUGCAGUGGCUACUCUAUAACUUAAGAUACACAUCUUCAACCUGCUUAUUUGGGUUCCCCAACAACGAAGCCAAGAAGCUCAACACUGGGCCAUGCCUCACACGCACCGCGUGUGAGCCCUUCAAGGAGUCCCUACAGUGGCAGAACCUGUCGACCACGGCGAAGCCGUACGACUACUGCAAGCUCUGGGACGAGUUCCAAUUUACAAAAUGCAGUGCCUGCCUGGCCCCUGGCCAUCACUACGUGGCCGCCAACUUGAUGACAGUGCUCGACGCCGGCUGCCAGCAGCAGCCCGAAGCGGGCCGCAAGAUCAGCGUCUCGGAUGCGCCCUUCAUGUCUUCCAUCAUCAAGGUCACCGAUCCUUCCCUAGUUGGCAGCUUCAGACCAGAUGAGGGUCCCCUUACCCUCGGCGCCAAGGUCGGCAUCGCGGUCGCGGGUGUCGUGUUGUUGUUGCUGGCUGCGGGCUGCGGCAUCAUCUGCAACGGCAGGCGCCGCCGCCGGGCCUUCCUGCGCAACCUCGAGAAGCGCCAGGCCCAAGGCCACACCGGCGGCGGGUUCGGAGGUGGGGGUAGCAGGGGCCGCUGGCCCGGGAGCCAGGGGGGCGACAUGUUUGAGACUCCUGUCAGCCAGAAGCCGCUCUUCACGAGCUGGGAGCAGUCGCCCGUUUCGGCGCACACGGACCAGACGGGCUUCUCGACGGGCCUGUCGCCCGCUGUUGAGAAGGGCGGAGCGGGAGGGGCGGGCCCGUCCAACUUCCCCACGCGCUACUUCUCGCCAUAUAGCAGCCAGUUCAACAGCCCCGUUAGCGGGCAGGAGAGCACGCCGACGCAGUGGCCCCAGCCCGAUGGCUACCCGCAGCCGCAGCCGCAGCCGCAGCAGGCCGGUAUCAGUGGCGGGCUUUCUCCAGGGGGCUGGCCUAGCAGCACCCAAGAGAAGCUGUUCCAGCUGGCGCAGAUGCAGCAAGAGCGAGAUGAAGCGUAUCGUAUGCAGUUUGCACUACAUCAGCAACAACUGGCUCAGCAACAGCAGCAGCAACAACAACAACAACAACAACAACAACAACAACAACAUCAACACUCUCAACACCAACCAGGCGGCCUUUACCCUCAGGACAUCGGCCUCGCGUUCGGCGGCGAUGAUCCCAGCCUGCGAUCCAAAGCAUCGGCGCAGAGUAUGCAGUCGCACGAGGCCCAGCAACAGCAACAACAGUACCCGCCGCCGCCCCAGCAGCCGCAACAAUACCACACCCAAACCAGCCCAUGGGGCUUCUCCGACAUCAAAGGGAAGCAGGCUGACUACUACCAGAGCGAGGAGUAUGAGCUGCACGAAGUCGACAGCAAUGGUAGCGUGCGCGUGCCGUCUGGAGCGCCCAUGGCCCCUGUGCUCAACCACCCAGGCUACGGGAGGUACCCGCCGCCACCGGCGCCGGCCGCGACAAGGCCGCAGUGGUAAGGGGUCUUUGAAAGCGGGUGCGAUGCACCCGCUCUGUACACAAUGUAUUCUUUCUUGCGCAGCAAGUAACUUGCUUGUCUGCUGCCGUUCUUAAUGUCUUGUGCCCAUUUUGGAAAUCGUUGGCUAGUGCAGCGCGACCACGCUGGAGUUUUUGGAGUAUUAGCCGCAAGGAUAAUGGGUGGCGGAGGGGAAAAGGAGGGGGAUGUUUCUUUGAUUCCGAGAUACCUGGAACUUGAGCACACAACGUGCCGUGUAUUUGCUUGACAUCUUGCCUUAUAUAAAUCGAAUGCAUAUAUCAACAGAGACUUGAUGC